AUGUGUUUCCAAACGGGACAAACGUUAUGUCAUUCAUCUUUACGUAUCAUGGCAUCGGCGACAGAUCCCUAUUUUGGGGAAAAGGUUAAUCGUUUCAUGGCACAUUUGAAAGAUCUUACGGUUACGUAUAUUAUGAACACAACAGCAGAAAACUUACCGUAUGUUUUGAUAUGUUUUUCAGAGUCGAAUGGUGCUGCACAAGUGAUUGAUGCCUUGUCCACUUGUGGCUCAUGCUGGAUGGCAGUUGAGGUGGUUCAUCCAAGCCAUGUGCGAUAA